ACCCACAAUUCAAUUAGACAGCAGGGAAUUACUGCCGAACCUACCUGCUGCUGUUGUAGCACUUAAGGGGAAAAAAAAAUUAAAAUAGUCUCACGUCGCAUGUCUGCUCGUCCUUUCUAAUCUUUCUUGGGAAACCGGCUGCGAAGUAGUUAGCAAUAUCGUCCUGGGAUACAGAUGAUUUUUCCUGGACAUUUUCGCGUUUUAAUUAGCAGCCGUUGAUAUGAGCACCAAUUUUCUAUCUUAACACAACCUGAAAAACGACUGUGAUUUUCUUUUUCCGCGGCACAAAGGUGAUACAGUUUUGUCGACCGUAUUAAGAAAGUUGCAAAAAUCACAAUGGGGAGUAAAGAGCGUUAUCACUGGCAGACCCAGAACGUGAAGGUGAGCGGCGUGGACGACAUGGUCCUGCUCUCCAAGAUUAACGAAGACGCCAUCACAGAAAACCUUAAGAAAAGAUACAUGGAUGACUUCAUUUUUACCUACAUAGGUCCAGUACUGAUCUCGGUCAAUCCCUUUAAACAACUCCCAUACUUCACAGACCGGGAGGUGGAAAUGUACCAAGGGGCGGCCCAAUAUGAGAACCCCCCUCACAUCUACGCCCUGGCAGACAACAUGUACCGCAACAUGAUGAUCGACUCGGAGAAUCACUGUGUCAUCAUUAGUGGAGAGAGUGGAGCUGGGAAGACAGUGGCUGCGAAAUACAUCAUGAGCUACAUCUCCAAAGUGUCCGGUGGAGGCCCCAAGGUUCAGCAAGUGAAAAACAUCAUCCUUCAGUCCAAUCCCCUGCUAGAGGCCUUUGGGAAUGCCAAGACUGUCCGCAACAACAAUUCCAGUCGCUUCGGGAAGUAUUUUGAGAUUCAGUUCAGCCGAGGCGGGGAACCUGACGGGGGGAAGAUCUCCAACUUCCUGCUGGAGAAAUCCAGAGUCGUAUCACAGAAUCAGGGGGAGAGGAACUUCCACAUCUACUACCAGCUUUUAGAAGGUGCCUCAAAAGAACAGCGAGAGAACCUGGGCAUCACGACCUCAGACUACUACCUGUACCUCAACCAGUCGGGAACCUACACUGUGGAGGAUGUCAGUGACAAGAAGGAGUUCUCUGACACCAUGAAUGCCAUGGAGGUGGUGGGCCUCACCGAGGACGAUCAGGCCGCCGUGCUGCAGAUCGUGGCGGGCAUCCUGCACCUGGGCAACGUCGCCUUCCGUGAGGAGGGCAACUACGCCGUGGUGGAGAGCACUGACUUCCUGGCCUUUCCCGCCUACCUGUUGGGCAUUAACCAGGAUGGCCUGAAAAACAAAUUGACCAGUCGCAUCAUGGACAGCAAGUGGGGGGGCAAGACAGAGACGAUUUCGGUCACCCUGAACACAGAACAGGCUGCCUUCACGCGGGACGCCCUCUCCAAAGCCCUCUACUCUCGUCUCUUCGACUACCUCGUCGAUGCUAUUAACAAAGCCAUGCAGAAGGACCAUGAGGAGUUAAACAUUGGUGUGCUGGACAUCUACGGCUUUGAGAUCUUCCAGAAAAAUGGCUUUGAACAGUUCUGCAUCAACUUUGUCAAUGAAAAGCUUCAGCAGAUUUUCAUCGAGCUCACUCUCAAGGCUGAGCAGGAGGAGUAUGUGCAGGAGGGCAUCAAAUGGACACCCAUCGAUUAUUUCAAUAACAAAGUAGUGUGCGACCUCAUAGAGUCCAAAUUGAACCCGCCAGGCAUCAUGAGCAUUCUGGACGAUGUGUGCGCCACCAUGCAUGCCAAGGGAGAAGGUGCGGACCAGACGCUCAUCCAGAAGCUGCAGACGCAGAUCGGCAACCAUGAACACUUCAACAGCUGGAACAAGGGCUUUGUGGUGCACCACUAUGCUGGCAAGGUGUCGUACGACGUGAGUGGCUUCUGUGAGAGGAACAGAGACGUGCUCUUCAUUGACAUCAUUGAAUUGAUGCAGACCAGCGAAUAUUCCUUCAUCAAGGACUUGUUCCCCGAAAAUCUGGAGGCAGAAAAAAGGGGCCGUCCCACUACUGCGGGAAGCAAGAUCAAGAAACAGGCCAACAACCUGGUGCAGACUCUUAUGAAGUGCACCCCUCACUAUAUCCGCUGCAUCAAGCCCAAUGAGACCAAGCGUUCUCGCGACUGGGAGGAGAGCCGCGUCAAGCACCAGGUGGAGUACCUGGGGCUGCGGGAGAACAUCAGGGUCCGCCGGGCUGGAUACGCCUUCCGCCGCAUCUUCAGCAAGUUCCUGCAGAGAUAUGCCAUCCUGACCAAGGAGACGUGGCCAAAGUGGCGCGGAGAUGAGAAGCAGGGUGUUGUGCACCUCCUCCGUUCCGUCAACAUGGACCAAGACCAGUAUCAGCUAGGCAAGGCCAAGAUCUUCAUCAAGGCCCCCGAGUCUCUGUUCCUACUAGAGGAGAUGAGGGAGAGGAAGUACAACGGCUAUGCCCGCGUCAUCCAGAAGGCCUGGCGUAAGCAUGUCGCUGUCCGCAAGUACGUCCGCAUGCGGGAAGAAGCAUCAGACCUUCUCCUGAACAAGAAGGAGCGGCGGAGAAACAGCAUCAACCGCAACUUUGUGGGAGAUUACAUUGGCACUGACAACCACCCUGAGUUACGGCGGUUCGUGGGGCGCAGAGAGCGAAUCGACUUUGCAGAUGUUGUGGUGAAAUACGACCGCAGGUUCAAGUCAGUGAAGCGUGACCUUAUCUUGACCCCCAAAUUCCUGUAUCUGAUUGGACGCGAGAAGGUUAAGCAAGGCCCAGAGAAAGGCCAGAUCCAAGAGGUUCUGAAGAGGCAAAUUGAACUAGACAAGGUCCAAACAGUCUCUCUCAGCACCCUCCAGGAUGACUUCCUCAUCAUCCAUGAGGAGCAGUACGACAGUGUGCUUGAGUGCAAUUUCAAGACUGAGUUCCUAAGCCUGCUGUACAAGCGCUACGAGGAGAAAACCCGCAAGAAACUGUCAAUAAAGUUCAACAACCUGCUGGAGUUUAAGGUGAAAAAGGGUGGCUGGGGUCCUUUUGGGGCAGCGGGUUCCAGGCAGAUUCAGUUCCAGACUGGCCAGGGGGACCAAGCGGUUAUGAAACCCAGCAGCAAACUCUUGUUGGUAACCAUUGGUCCAGGACUACCCAAGAACUCUAGGCCAACACGACGAGACAAGCGGAAGAGCCAAUAUUUGGACAACCGUCAAGUCCAGUCGGGAAGGAAUGCCCGUCCAAGGGCUGAAACCAGGACUCGUUCAGGGGGGAACCGGCCUGCCUCCAGGGCUUCCCUCAUUCGACAGCAGAGCAGUAUGGAGCAGCCCACUCUACCUCGACACCAAGGCCAGCGGCAAUCCAGGGUUCCACAGGAGCUCCCGACCAACAUGGACUUCAUGAAUGUGCCUGACCAGGGAGUUGCAGGCUUCCAUCGCAGGCGCUCCAAAGAAUACAAGCCAGACCCGGGAGCGGGCCGACCCAAACCUAAGCCUCGUUCACCACAGUGCCGAGCGUUGUAUGCCUACGACGCCCAGGACACAGACGAGCUAAGCUUUAAUGCAGCAGAGAUAAUUGACAUCAUAAAUGAAGAUCCAUCCGGCUGGUGGUUUGGGCGUUUGAGGGGGAAAGAAGGGAUGUUUCCUGGGAACUAUGUGGAGAAGAUCUAGGCGGAGGGGAUGUUUUGGCUAUGAAUGCAGUAUGCCCACUCCAAAGCAAUCAUGCCAAGUAGGCCAGAAUUCCAUGGUAUCUGCAACUGUAGCGGACACUACAACACACCAGCCAGUGCUAACACAUGUUACGAGCACUCUGGUGAAUUCUAAAGGCUUACCUACCUUACAGGGACUGCCUGCUUGUAGCCCGAGUACUAGGUAGGGUAUCCAGCUAUCUCUGGUUAGUUUAACGGUGAGCCUUUUAAACAUUGCCUUUUAAAGAACACAUUUUUGUCCCGUUCAUGGAAAUACUGUGAUAGGCACUGGAGAUUUUUAUACUUUUUAAGAGGAAGCAAGUUUGUAAAAUAUUUUAAAAUGAACUUUCUCUACCGUAGGUUUUUAAGAACAAAAUUUGGAUUUGGUAUUAACUGUAUUAAUGUGAUACCCAGUACAGUAUGUAUUUAUAGCUGACCAGAGUUUUUUUCCCCAACCUAAAUAAAAGGUAUUUAUAUCAUGAUCAAAUUAUAAUUACUAAUCAAUCUAUGAAAUCCUGUAUAACUUGAAAUGUGGUUUGUCAUUUAUUCAGAAUUUAUUGGAGAGAUCCAACUUGCAUAAAUUGGAGUUCAGAUCUGUACUUUUAAAGGAGUUAUCCAUGGCUUCUGUUUGUAUAACACGACUGACUAAUGACCAGUUCACCAAACAAAAACAUGGAAGUGUAUUUUCAACUAAAUGUAUAAAAAAAACAGUUGUCCACUUGUAAUGUGGUCUUCCCUGCACCUAGUAUUCAUAUCAGUAAACUGAUUAUAAUGACGGCUGGUUAUUGUCCACUCUGUAAUUUUUUGAUAUAAUAAAAUUUUAACACUGUUGACAUUUUAGAA